AUCUAUUGAAACAAAAGAACGCUAGGCUUUUGGCUGAGAAUACUGAACUUAGAAACAAGAAUGCUAAAUUAAGACAAGAUAUAGAAGGGCAUGAAGCCAGAAUCAUGAAGUUAGAACAGAGAAAAAGUAUUACUAAUGUUUCGCAAUCUUCGGUCUGCGAAGCAGGAUACUCUGUAUCUAAUAUCAACUCUUCCGAAAUGGAAAUUUCUAAUGAUACUCCUAUAUCCGAUAUAACCGAUGAUGCUUUAAAUUCCGAUAUAUACUGUACAGAGCCUAAAUCAUCGGAAGAUAAGGAAAUGAACGAUUUCCUAGAUUCAACAUAUUAA